UUUAGAAGUUCCAACAACAAAGACCAUGAGAGGCGGCAGAAAAGCCCUCCUCUGCCUCUCCCUCUCCAAGAAACUGGUGACUUCCACGAAAGUAUCAGAACAAGUAUAUGCUUCUACAAAACUUGCGCCUCUCUCCACUUGCACCAGCACCGGUGCUGGAGUCUCCAAAGAUGAGAAAGACCAACCUCCGCAAUCCAAGAGAGAUUCAAGCCUUCUCGAGAAAUUCAGGCAGAGAAAACUCCAAGGUCGUCUUGGACCAACACAAACUACACCUCCACUAUCAAGUUCAGGUUCAAGCUCCGAGAGGGUACUGAGAAGGAGCGAGGAUUGUUUGCAGAAUGAUAAGAGGGGAGCACGACCCUCCGAGGAGGUCCUGUCGGGUUUUGAAGAGUUGGGGUUGAGAGAGGGUUUAAUAGGGGCUCUGCUGGAGAUGGGUGUUUCGGCUCCUUCUGAGAUUCAGUGUGUUGGAAUCCCUGCUAUUCUGGAAGGGAAGUGCCUGGUUUUGAGUUCUGAUUCUGGCCCUGGCAGGUCUCUGGCUUAUUUGUUGCCCCUUGUCCAGCUUUUGCAACGGGAUGAGACACUAUCACGUAUGAAGCCCAAGCAUCCUCGGGCAAUUGUGUUGUGCACUACAGAUGAGCAAUCUGAUGAGGGUUUUCACAUGGCGAAGUUCAUCAGCCAUCAUGCACGGUUGAAGCCUGGAACAGAAACCAGUUCCAGUCAAUCAAGAUCCCAACAGGAAUUGUCCAAUGCCCCUAUUGGUAUGCUCGUUGGAACCCCUAGUGAGGUUCUUCAAUUCAUGGAGGAGGGAAGUGUGAUUCUUGAUGAUGUCAAAUAUCUGGUGUUGGAUGAGGCAGACACCAUGUUGAAUCGUGGUUUUGGUCCUGAAAUUAACAGAAUGGUAACCCCGUUGAGAAAACAUGCAUUAAAGCGCAAUAAUCACGGGCUGCAAACUGUUUUGAUUACUUCAACAAUAUCAAAGAUGCUAGGUGAUGAGGUAUCUCGACUUAUGGAGAGUCUUGAGCGCAAUCAUGCCGGAAAAGUUGCUGCAGCAGUAUUGGAGAUGGAGCAAAUGGAGGUAUUUGAUCUCCUCGAGUCUCCAGAUGCUCUGAAGAAGAGAGUAGCUGAAGCUAUGGAUUCCUUACACUCAUGUGCAUCGGAAACUUGACACUUCUAUUAAUCUCGGCUCCCUGUACUGAUAAAAUGAGGCACAGCUCUUAACUCUCAAUGGUUAUUCCUAUACUAGUGCCAUCACGGUCCUUAUGUUAAGGCUAUAUUAGUAAUUAGUCUUAAAAGUUUAUAAAACUCUCCGAACUUAAAUCACUGAAGUUCUUUUCUGGCAUUUGACUUCAGUUUGAGGUUAAACUACGUAUUAAUUGUGCAAUUAAUUAAUUACUUGUUACCUUAGAUUGCUUGGCAGCUUCUAUGAAAUGCAGCUUGGUUUUUGCUGCUAAAUUUGCUAUAUGUGGAUAAAUUUACAAGUAUCGUAUGUUUCAGCUCAUUUGGAAUGAAUGAGAUCAUAACUAUUAGUUUAAUGCUGCCAAUUGACCAGAAAAUCCUAUUUGCAUUGGUGGUUUUGAGGCUCUUCCUUUUGUUGAAGGAAACUAAUUCUUACACUUGUUCUGAGUUCACUUUUGACAAAUUAUCAAUGGAUGGAAGGCGUCCUCUGCAGUAGGGUUUGAUCCCCUAGAACGGAAUAUUGAGUAGAUAUGCAAGUAUAGUAACAUUAUAUUAUUUUGUAGUAGAGAUGCAUGUGAAGCGCUUGAGAAAGCUGUUGGGAAGAUAUAAUUGCUCUUUUAACAACUGGAAAAGUGAACAAAGCUGACAAUUCUGGUUGAUGUGUAGCUUCAAAAUCUGGU